UUAGAUUCAUUAAUAAAUUGCACAUAAUUUAAAAUUAUAUCUAAUUAUAUUAAUUAACAGUGUUUUGCACGAUGUUAAUAAAACCCAGACGUUAUUAUAUAUCUUAAAAUCCAUACGAGCAACUUGUGUGACCUGCGUAUAAACAUAAUUUUCCGAAUAAUCUGCGGUUAAUUAGUGUUUCUUAUGGUAUAAUUUAGUUGAAUAAUCGGUCUUUAGAUAAUGGAGCAAUGUUCCGGUCGUGGCUGGGGCCAAGGAAAUGUUAAAAGGACGCUUUGAAAAAGAUAAAUAUUCCAACAACACAAUUUAUUUGAUCGAAAUUACAAUGGAUACGAAAAUCUUAAGGCAAAACUGAUUGAUUCGAUGCUAUCUAAUUCUAAUAGCAACCAAAAAUGGAGACCACCGAAUUCCAAAUCACAUCCGAGAUGAUGACAGAACUCCAAACUGACACCAUAAUAAAGGAAGAGGAAGAUGUAGACCAAAUAAUACCGGAUGAAUUACCGAUGGACAUCAAAUCUGAAAUGCAAGUUGACGAAGACAUACAAAACCAAUUAGACAAUCCAUUUAACAAUAUACAGUUAGAAGUGAAACAAGAAAUACCCAUAUCCAUAGAGAAAGAUGGUUCCGAUGUAAACGAAGAAGAAAUAAUACCAACAAUCAACGAAUUUGACGAUAAAGACCCAGAACAUUACGUUACCAUACCAAAAACUGAAUUUUAUGAAGAAAAAACGGAAUUUUACGAUGAAAAAUCUGACUUGUAUGAUGAUAAAACUGAAAUUAAGGAAGAAAGUGUGUUGGGUGACGAGUCCAUAGUUACGUAUGACUAUCCAAAUUUUGAUGAUGUGACGAGUAUGGAUAGCAAUGAUGCAGCCGCUUUGAAUCAGGUGGAGGCCUGUUUGGAAGACGGUAUGAACAUCAAGUGUGAAGAAGAUGAGGAUGACAGUCAAAAAGAAGAUUACGAGAAACUAGACAUUAAAGAAGAGUCAGAUCUCACAGUAACGGAAACACAUUUAAUAUCAAACAAAGUAAUAAACACCACAUCAACGGUCACAAAUCCACACGAUGGCCUCAUCGAGUCCAAAACUACAAAGACUUUAGUCAUGGAGAUACUACCAAUGUCACAAACCAGUAUGCGGUUCUCCAAAAUCAGCAAUCCAGAAGAAAUCCUCCCAACGACGUAUGAACACAGUGAGAGCUACAUGGACUACCAAGACUCCUUCCAACUAAACUCCAUUACUGGUAACGUUCUCUCCUUAGAACAAGAAGCGUACGGACUCCUCAAAGCUAAGGGAAAGAAAGAUGUCGACGAUUUAGUCUACGAAUGCCCAAAAUGCCCUAAAACUUACCGACAGAAGAACUAUUUGAAAAGACAUUUAGCAGUCCACGAUAGUAUUGAGAAACGCGCCCAAGGACACAUUAGAGCACAGGUCACGAAGAAAAAUAAAAAGCUAAAAGCAGAAUUUGACAGUGCCAUUGUGAAAAAAGAAGAAAGAGUUAAGAAGGAAGGAUAUGAGUGUACUUGUGGCCAAGUGUUCCAAAGAAGGAGUCGGAUGGAGACCUGUUUGAGGUCGCACAAUCUCUUCGCUGAUACUAACACGUAUCCGUGCGUAUCUUGCAACAAACAGUUCAAAGAUAAAGAAGAACUGUCUCUCCACCGCAAAAGGCUGCACAGAAAGAGAUUCCCCUGUAAAUUCUGUCCAACAGACUACAACACGAGAAAGGAACUCUUCAAACAUCUCCAAGACCACCAAAAAGUCCAGUUAAUGGAGUACAAAGUCAUUUCUGAAGUCGUUAAGGGAAAGCAGAAGCUCAAAUGCUUCAUGUGCCCAAAAAGUUACGUGGAACUGUCAGAUCUGAAGUCACAUGUCAUGGAUGAUCACAAAGAACCGUACAGUUGUCCGAGAUGCAAGCGGACGUUCUCGAAAAUCAUUGAUUUCGGCAAUCAUACCAAAACUUUCCAUCCAGAAGUAGAAGGCCAGUCCGUCUUGGAUGUUCUAGAAGCCUUCUCGAAGUUAGUGAAGGCCUGGAAAUGCGAGGAAUGUGGCCUGCAGUUCCAUGAGGCCGAUAAGUUGGCUGUGCAUCAAAUAGAAAAGCAUAGUCCGGAUACGAAGGUGGAGGCUCAGUUCCAAUGCGCGGAUUGUCGAAGAGUGUUCGUCAGUCAGAAAGGGUUAACGUCACACAGACGGAUACAUCACAGUACAGAGAGUGUUGAGGAAACAGAACCAGUGGAAACAGGUGUAAUGUGCUUAGAAUGUCGAAAGAUUUGUAAGGACAUGAAUGCUUUAGUCUCCCAUAUGCGGUUCCACUCCCCAGAAAGGAAGUAUCCUUGCAAAUUCUGCGAUUUUCGCUUCGCUACCCCAGAAAAGCGAAAAGCGCACGCCGAAAUCCAUACAGGGGAUAUGAAAUACGUCUGUUUCAUUUGCGAAUACCAGUGCAGUUCGGAAAAUCGACUAAAACAUCACAAAUUAUCGACUAAACAUAUUAACAUGAAGGAGUUUUUGUUGACUGGAAAGCCGUUACCACAAGAACCGGAGUCUUCUAAACAGGAGAAGGUGAAAGAGACUUUGAGGAAGAGAGAGUGGGGGAUUAAGGAGAAGAAGAAAAAAGAGAGAGUGAAAAGUGAGUCGCCGGAGAGUAGUGAAGUGGCUUGUGAUAUUUGUGGGGACAUGUUCGCGAGUGAGAGUGUAAUGUUAGAACACAAACAGACACACCCUUUCAUCGAGUUCCCUAACGAAGACAAACCAAGUAGGAUAUUCUUUAAGUAAUAUAAUUCUUGCCUAAAUAUUUCUGUUAUAGUGAUAUUGCUAUUGUCUUGUAAAUAUUCGUGAGAAAAAAAGUUAACUCCUCAUUUUUUUAAGCUAGUUCAAAAUCUUACAGUGCGGUACAAAUUAGGAAUAUAUGCUUGUUUUUGCACGUCUUCCAAUGUUGGACUUUUGUUGCUUAGGUGGCGCUAGUGAUGCGUUAAGUCUUUUAGGCCUAUCAACUUUGCUGGACAAAGUUGACUACUUGAUAGACCUUACGUCUCAUUAAUGCCGCCUUUAGUGACCAAAAGUCACAUUAAAGAAAUAUUAUUUAUUACUUUUAAAAGCAGGAUUUGUAGUAAAAUUCGAGAUUGAGAAAAAUAAAUAAGUAUCUUUAGUAAAGAAACAGAUAUAUGUACAUAUAUUUGUCUCUUUCUUUAUCGUAUAAGAAGUUAAUAUUGCGAGAGAGACAG